AUGCUUAUUUUCGCAUGUCGACAUCACGUGUAUGAAUUGGUCUUAAAAGGGGUAUUUGAUGCAAAAAUCAGUCAAGUAGUUAGUCCUGAUAUUCCACUCUUUAAAAAAUUCCGAGAAAGCUGGAAAAGUAUUGAUGCUGAUAAAAUACAGAACUAUAGAAAAAAACUUACACAGCACCUGACUGACUUCGAAAUUGUCAACUUGCUACAGUUUUACCGAACUGAACUGACAAAAGAAAUAGUCAGAGAUGAUUAUCCAGAGUUAAUAGAGCUAUUUGUGAUAUUUUUAGGUGAAGAUAUCGAAAAAGAAUUUAAAAUCCGACCUACAGAAAAAACAUCUCCUUCCUCCUUGUUCAACCGCCUUAAAAUUGAAGACAGUUUUCUACAUGAAUGUCCUACUUUGUGGUCAAAUAAUGCUUCGUUUCAAGAAGCCAGGAAAAAAGUUUCGGCACUGACGGUAGUAAAGGAUGUAGCCGAAAGAGCGAUUAAGUUAAUGCAAGACUUUCAUGGAUUAAUCACUGUUGAGGAGGAACAAAAACAAUUUUUAUUACGUUGCGUACAAGAUCACCGGAAAUUUUGUCCUGAUUCUAAAAAACAAACGUUAAAAACAAAAUUUGAACAAUAA